AUGUUGCCGAGGGUUAAAUCAAAGCAACCCGGUCCAAUUUCGAAUCGAUUGUGGUCGGCCACCGGAGUCAACGUUUACAAGAAGGUUUUUGAAAUGAGCGAUGAAAAUCUGAAGGCCCACAUCGCCCACGUUGCUUAUAAAAAAUAUGGUCAAUUAGCAAAAGCCCAGCAGAUCGAGGCGGUAGCCAACUUGGUCUCUGGUCGUAACACGUUUGUUCUUGCCGGCACCGGAUUUGGCAAAUCACGCAUAGCCGAGAUUUACUUUAGUAUGCUACCUAUGACAAGAAACUCGGUCAUUCUCACCUUGAACCCCUUAGAUUCUUUAGGCGACAAUCAGGUCUUUGAAAAACGUGCGGCAGGAUUCUCGGCAAUCAACUUGAACAAGUUGAACUUCAACAAAAAAGUCGCCGAUGACAUAUCUAAAGGCGUUUAUCAAUUCGUUUAUUUAAGCCCGGAAAUAUUCCUCAAUAAUAAGCUAUGGGAGGAAGUAUAUUUCAGCUCUGAGUUUCAAAACCGGCUUGGUUUGGUUGUGGUUGACGAGGCUCAUAUGGUGUACAUAUGGGGCCUUGUACAGAGUCGACCCGGAAGGCAUCUAGCUACGAUUUUAAGUCGCCUGGAGGACUUUGGGAUCUUUCGACCAUCAUACGGGCAUCUCGGUGGACAUCUCCUAUCUCGAAAUGACAAGCCAAUGUUGCUUUUGUCUGCUACGUGCCGGCCGGUGGCUGUGGAGGCCAUCAAGAAAAGCUUAAAGCUUGAAGACUCAAACGUCGAUAUCAUACGAGCCGAGCUAACUCGACCCGAAAUCCGAAUUGUUCGUAUUCCAAUGGAGGGCUCUAUGGUUUCUUGCCACGACCUGAUUAAAGUCUUCCCCUCGGUUAACGAUGUGUCAAAUGAAGACUUGGUACCUACUCUUGUCUACAGUGGCUCGCGAAAUCGAACGUUGACGGCUUUGGAAGUCAUUAGCAUGGCUCGUGAGACUCCGGCUGAAUCAAUGAAUCCUAGCAGCACAUGCGCUCGGCGAUAUCACUCGUGCACCGGCGAUCUAGACAAAAACGAUUGUGUUGAGGAUUUCGCAACUGGGAAGGUGCCGAUUGUGUCGUGUACAAUGGCCUUGGGAUUGGGCCAGAACUGGAAGCGGGUGCGCAUGGGAAGGGGAGAUCCGGCUUCGGUGGUUCAGAUGAUCGGGAGAUGUGGUCGAGAUGGAAGACCCGGUUUAGCUAUCCUUUUUGUUGAGAAAAAUCGUCGCAACGGAAAAAAUUCGGUGGACGAGUUUCACAACGAUGCCAUCCAGUCGGAUGAUGACCGGAUGGAUGCCCUUGCAGUUACCCCGGUGUGCUUGAGAGUUGCAUUCUCCAUUGACAACUUGCUAGGUUACAUACCUCUUCAGGUAAAUGACCCUAAUGUACUGAAUGAAAAGGCACGCGAGGAGAGAGAAGGCUUUGCUGCCUGCUGCUGUUCCAACUGCGACACACCGGCAGCAACUCAGCUCAUGGCUAACUUGCCAUUUGCUAGUGUGCACAAUUUUGACGAGGUCUGGAGCAAUCAUUUCCAGACCUCAAAGGUUGCAGACCCGAAGUCUAAGCUCCCAGUCAAACGGACGACUUUCAGAAAGCGGAAGGUUCCUGAGGCGGAGAGGGGACUCAUUGAGGCUUUUCAGGUGGAAAUAGCCAAAGACUUUCCUGAUUUUUACUACAGUCGGUUUCCAACUUCAGCUACCGUCCAGGCGGAUGACUUGUUUGGGAAGACCGAGGCUGAAGCGAUUGGGUCUUACAUGCACCAAAUUCAAUCCACAGAAGAUCUCCGCAUUGUCAUUGGAGGCGAAUUUGUUGACGGCCAUUGA